UUUUCUGUUGCUUGCAGGGUGAAUUUUACAUUAAAGAGUGAUACUAAUCUAUUCGAAAUUGUGAAAUGUAAAACAAGCGUUUCAGCUAUUGAGGUGAGCCCAGAUGGGAAGCAAUUUUCUGUUACAUCACCUGAUCGUAGGAUCAGAGUUUUUUGGUUUAAGUCUGGCAAACUGAGACAUGUUUAUGAUGACUCUCUUGAGGUUGCCCAGGAUCUCCGGAGAAGUAAUGUCGCUCUAUAUCAGCUGGAAGCUAUUGAUUUUGGGAGAAGGAUGGCUGUUGAGAAAGAAAUUGAGAAAACAGAAAACGCACCACAACCAAAUGCAGUCUUUGAUGAAAGUUCAAACUUUCUUUUCUAUGCAACACUACUUGGUAUAAAAGUGGUUAAUUUACACACCAAUAAAGUUGCCAGAAUACUUGGAAAAGUUGAGAACAAUGACGGAUUCUUGAGAAUUGCCCUGUAUCAAGGGGACAGAAGCAGCAAAAAAGUGAGAAAAAUCCCUGCUGCUGCCGCAAAUGCAAAUGAGAACAAGGAGCCACUAAUGGAUCCUACACUUUUAUGCUGUGCAUUCAAGAAACAUAGAAUCUAUUUAUUCAGUUGGAGAGAACCUGAGGAACCUGAAGAUGCAACAAAGGGGAGGGAUGUGUUCAAUGAGAAGCCUCCUCCCGAUGAGCUUCUGGCUGUAUCUGAUACAGGAAAAUCGGUUACUACUUCACUUCCCAACAAUGUGAUUCUUCAUACAACAAUGGGGGACAUUCAUAUGCGGCUGUACCCAGAGGAGUGUCCAAAAACUGUGGAGAACUAGACUCACUGCAGAAACGGCUACUCUGAUAAUCUUAUCUUUCAUCGGGUUAUUAAAGGCUUCAUGAUACAGACAGGUGACCCUUUGGGAGAUGGCACUGGAGGACAAUCAAUUUGGGGAAGGGAGUUUGAGGACGAAUUCCACAAAAGUUUGAGGCAUGACAGGCCUUUCACAGUGUCAAUGGCAAAUGCAGGCCCCAACACCAAUGGUCCUCAGUUUUUUAUCACCACAGUGGCCACACCAUGGUUAGAUAACAAGCACACUGUUUUUGGUAGAGUUGCCAAGGGAAUGGAUGUUGUACAGGGGAUAGAGAAGGUGAAAGUGGACAGGGCUGACAAACCGUAUCAAGAUGUUAAAAUCCUAAAUGUGACUGUCCCAAAGUCUUGAAUAUGGUUGAUUUAUCAGUGGAUUUUUGGAGAGUGGACGGUUCUGCCCUCCGACAUGAUAUCCAGCGGAACACUCCGAUUCCCUCUGGCCCUUGUUGUCUGAAGUUGAUUCUGAGAGGAAAUGGUGGACAAAUGAAAUCCUCGGAGAUGAAGGAAGAUAAUGAAUCAGGGACUAACUAGUGCUUCGGAUUUAUCAUUGUGAUUUUGAAUUCAUUUUUAUGGGUUCAUACCACCCUCAUGCAUCGUUCUCUUGCUAGGCUUGAACUUGAUUUGCCAAGGAAAGGGGAAAGAUUAGCUCCAGGCCCGGCAUUUGUGGA